AUGGCUAAUUACUCUUUCGGACAGAAACAAGGAAUCUAUGCUUAUGACAUUUAUAGCCUAAUCAAGCUGAAAAAUAAGAAGAAAAACAGACUUACCCUCGAGCAUCAGCCUAAGCUGAAUAAAAAAACAUUGGACUUGGAUGCUUUGUUCGCUUCUAAAGAGCCAAAAACGGCAUCUCACUAUUUAAAAUAUUCAAAAUCCACUUCUCGAAAAAGCAAAGAAAAUAGCAACAAUGACCUGUGCUCUUGUCCUGACCUGCCUAAAAACGUCAAAGCUCACAAAAUCACUUUGGAACCUGAAAUAAAGCUGAAAACGCGUAAAAAGGCUCCUUACACCCCUCAAAAAUUGAAACUCUCAAUGUUCCACCCUAGAAAAUCAAAUUCUCAUGCAUAUUUGCUUGAUGGAAUUGACAAUUCAAACUCUUAUAACCCAUUCUCAAUCUCAGGCUCCCCUCGGCCUAUGCUAUCCAGUACAACUCCAUUUCGGAUGAAAACUGAAGGAAACCCUUUAUUGCGAGUCAGAGAAACUUUAAAAUCAAGGCCUCGACUGAGAGGUUUAAUCGUAAAUAUAAAAAAUUAA